AGCAUCACCUGGUGGGAUGGGAGGCGAGGCGGGGACCGAUGGUCCCAGGGGCCGUGUCAAGAGCCUAGGGCUCGUGUUCGAAGACGAGAGCAAGGGCUGCUACUCGAGUGGCGAGACAGUGGCUGGGCACGUGCUGCUGGAGGCGGCAGAGCCCGUGGCCCUGCGCGGGCUGCGCCUGGAGGCUCAGGGCCGUGCCACUUCUGCCUGGGGCCGGAGCGCUGGGGCCUGGGUCUGUGCCGCUGGCGCUGCGCCUGCUGCCUCCUCAGAGGUGGAGUACUUGAACCUGCGCUUGAGUCUGCUGGAGGCCCCAGCUGGUGAUGGCAUCACUUUAUUACAAGCUGGAAAACACGAGUUUCCCUUUCGCUUUCAGCUUCCGUCUGAACCUUUGGCCACGUCGUUUACUGGGAAGUAUGGCAGUAUUCAGUACUCUGUGAGGGCUGUUUUGGAACGACCCCAAGUACCAGAUCAGAGCGUAAGAAGAGCACUCCAGGUUGUCAGUCACGUGGAUGUCAACACCCCACCCCUACUGACUCCUAUGCUGAAAAUGCAGGAAAAAAUGGUGGGCUGUUGGCUUUUCACUUCUGGUCCUGUGUCACUGAGUGUCAAGAUUGAAAGAAAGGGCUACUGUAAUGGAGAAGCUAUUCCCAUCUAUGCAGAAAUAGAGAACUGUUCGUCUCGUCUGAUUGUUCCCAAGGCAGCCAUAUUCCAAACCCAGACGUAUUUGGCUAGUGGAAAGACAAAGACAGUCCGGCACAUGGUUGCUAAUGUUCGAGGAAACCACAUUGGUUCUGGGAGUACAGAUACAUGGAAUGGGAAGAUGCUGAAGAUUCCACCCGUCACUCCAUCCAUCUUGGAUUGCUGCAUUAUCAGAGUGGACUACUCCUUAGCUGUAUACAUUCACAUCCCUGGUGCUAAAAAAUUAAUGCUGGAGCUGCCCGUGGUUAUUGGUACAAUCCCAUACAGUGGCUUUGGCCGCAGAAACAGCAGUGUCACAAGCCAGUUCAGUAUGGACAUGAGCUGGUUGGCACUGGCCCUGCCAGAGCAACCUGAAGCACCACCAAAUUAUGCAGAUGUGGUAUCAGAAGAAGAAUUCUCCCGGCACGUUCCUCCAUACCCUCAACCCCCUGACUGUGAGGGAGAAGCCUGCUACUCUAUGUUUGCCUGCAUACAAGAAUUCCGGUUCCAGCCUCCGCCUCUUUAUUCAGAGGUUGAUCCACAUCCUGGCGAUGCCCAAGAGACCCAGCCUGUUUCCUUCAUUCUCUGAACAGAGUCCAGAAUUCACUGUGUUGUUACUGGCUUUGAGUAUUGGUUCUUUCACCUGCCUUGCUGGAGGAGGGAGAAGGCGAACUUCAGAAUGUCGAUGAACUUCAAGUCCGAAGAUGACAGAAGUGAAAGAAUAUGAGAACAUUUUCAUGGGACACCGGGAUGGUUACCCAAGUUUAUAGGAUAGGGGCACUUGUCCCCUUUAAAAGUGUAUGAAAACAUGAGUUGAAAAAAUGGAAGUCCUGGUGGUGGGAGAGGCAGCGAAAGAAUGCUCACACUGUUGCACAGGAGUCUUAAGGCAUCAGAAUGUUGCUGGUGUGGCUCUGACCAGGGUGCACACACAGUUAUGAACGUAUGAACUUGGUAGGAAGAUUUAAUGUGGGGGAACA